CGGACUGAACGUCUGUGGCUUCCUGAAGAAGUUUUAAAUGUACGAUUUAACAACCAUAUAGAUUUAUAAAGAUCGUUUUUUCCAAAGCACAUGAAACGGAAGUUGAGUGUGGAGCGAUGGAGUUUUAUGUGAAGUGAAGAUUGAAGACGUGAUAGAAGAUGGACGACUACUGCUAUGCUAAGAUGGCGACGUCCGCUAAAAGAGAACAUGAAAGAGAAUCAACUUCCAGCAAAUCACCAACGGAGAUAAAGACGAAAGAUGAAGACGUCCAGCAGCUGAUUGGUCAUCCAGUAGAAUUCCCGCCUCAGCUGCAGGGAGGAAGUUCCACUUUGAAGCAGGAGACUCCACAGCUACUUCACAUUAAAAAGGAAGAGGAGGAACUCUGCAUCACUCAGGAGGGAGAGUGUCUUCUAGGACGAGAGGAAGGUGACACCACCAAGUUGCCACUGAGUAUUCUCUCUGUGAAGACGGAAGAUGAUGAAGAGAAACCACAAGUGAACAACCUCUUAGCUCCACUAUCAGAUAGUGAGGCUGAAGACGAGGUUGAAGAACCUUUGAGUAGCGAUAAAGACUGUGAAGGUGAUAUGAGGACUCACACUGACAACAAACACGCCGACUGCUUUAAAAAGAAGACAUGUAAAACAACUUUGAGCUGUUCAGUUUCUGGUACAAAAUGUUCUAAAAAGAGCAGUUUGACUGAAGACAUGAGAACACACACAGGAGAAAAAACUUUAGAUUGUUCAGAUUGUGGUAAAAGCUUUUGUUACAAGAGCAGUUUGACACAACAUCUGAGAACACACACGGGAGAAAGACCAUUUGAUUGUUCAGUCUGCGGUAAAAGCUUUUCUACAAACCCCAGUUUGACUCGACACAUGAGAACGCACACAGGAGAAAGACCAUUUGAUUGUUCAGUCUGCGGUCAAAGCUUUUCACACACGACCAGUUUGACUUACCACAUGAGAACACACACAGGCGAAAAACCAUAUAAUUGUACGGUUUGCCAUAAGGGCUUUUCUAGAAACAAGUUGACUCAACACAUGAGAACGCACACAGGAGAAAGACCGUUUAAUUGUUCACUUUGUGGUCAAAGCUUUUCUCUCAAGACUGCUUUGACUCAACACAUCAAAUCACACGCAGGAGAAAAACAAGGCAUUUGUCCAGUUUGCAGCAAAAGUAUACACAAGAGCAGUUUGGCUAAACACAUGAGAACGCACACAGGUGAAAGACCAUUUGAUUGCUCAGUAUGCGGUAAAGGCUUUACGCAACGGUGCCAUUUGACUCAACAUAUGAGUACCCACACAGGAGAAAAACAAUUCAAUUGUUCAGUUUGUGGUAAAAACUUUACCCAACGGUACCAUUUGACACAACACAUGAGAACACACACUGGAGAAAAACCAUUUAGUUGUUCAGUUUGCUGUAAAAGCUUUUCUCACAGUGGAAGUUUGCCUCAACACAUGAGAACGCACACUGGAGAAAAACCCUUCAGUUGCUCAAUUUGUAGAAAAGGCUUUUCCAGCAAACUCAAUUUGACUCGACACGAAAUGAAACACGUGGUAUAA